GAUGAAUAAAGAUAUUUUACAUUGGGCAAAAGGUUGUGUAAGCUGUCAAAGAAAUAAGAUAAGCACACAUCAAAAAUCCACCGAAACAUAUUGUUGUUCCAGAGCGUUUUCAACAUGUUCAUAUUGAUAUUGUAGGACCGUUACCAACAAUUAACGAUUACAGGGACUGUUUGACUAUGAUCGAUCGAUUUUCCAGAUGGCCUGAGGUGAUUCCGUUAAAAGAUAUAAACGCGGAUACCGUUGCAACAGGGUUUUAUGCCACUUGGAUUUCGAGAUUCGAUGCUCCAGCAACUAUUACUACAGAUCGCGGUUCACAAUUUGAAUCUCAACUACUUAAUUCAUUAACAAAACUAAUUGGAUACAGACAUAUCCACUACAGCGUAUCACCCAGCAUCCAAUGGAAUGAUAGAACGUUGGCAUAGAUCCUUGAAAGCGGCAAUUCGUUGUCACGAAAAUAAAAAUUGGCUAGAAGUACUUCCAACAGUUAUGCUUGGUUUGAGAAAUAGUUACAAAGAAGAUUUACAAGCAACCGCGGCUGAAAUGUUAUAUGGUACACCUCUCAGAUUACCUGGAGAAUUUUUCGUUGAAACUAAUACAAAUUUUAACAUUACUAAAUUUAAAGAUCAUAUGCAAACUAUACGUCCAAGACCAACUAGACAUCAUUCUAGACGAUCAUAUUUUAUAUUUUUCGUACGAGUUGAUCAUGUUAAACAACCUUUGGAACAACCUUAUGAAGGUCCGUAUCGGGUACUUAAGCACAUAUUAGAUAAUUUAUUCCUUAUAGAUUAUAAAGGUAAAGAAACUACUAUAUCGACAGAAAGAUUGAAACCAGCGUAUAUAGAAUUACAUGAAGAGAAACAACAUCAAACAUAUAGACACUACGGAUUCAAUAAAACCUAUUUUAAAAUUAAAGAACGUUAUUGGGGCACAAAGAAAAAAGAUAUAAGGUCUUAUGUUAGGGCUUGCUCUUCGUGUCAGAUCAAUAAAACAAACUUUAAAUCUACCAAGCAGCCAAUGGAGAUUACUACCAUAGCAGAUCAACCGAAAAAUUCGAAAAAUUGUCUUUAG